UUUUUCAUUUGUGCAACGAAAGAUCUCUGCGUGUGGGAUAUUUGCGAUGUUCCUGGUCUAGCAGCCCGCCCGUAAACCCGCUUUGCUUGCGCUUCUUUAGUGCCUACUGCCCUUUUGCUACCGGAUCAUCGCUAUCGCAGGGCUGCGGAAGCAAGCGACAACAGCGUAUGCAGGAAGGCGCUUAUCAGAGAUUCUUUUGGGCGGGCAUCUCGGUAGUCCCGUAGCGACGCGGUAGCUGUGUUCUUUCCUCCGCAGGGGUAACCUUUGGCUACGAUGGACAACUGUCAUAACUAUGCCACAACUUCGAAAAAGAAACGAAUUCCGAUCUCCGACGACAUACACAUCAUCAUCAAGAAGUUUCGCGACAAGGACAAACAUGACGAAAAACCUUCGACAUCCGGCGACCACGAUUACGACGAUGAUCAUAGUAUGGACUCGGAGGAGCUACGAAGGGUGCGUCAGCAAGAACCGUCCUCCUCCUCAACGUUGCUUGGCGCCACCUCGAAUAGCAGCAACAGCAACAGUGCAUCAGGCCCAGCGGGAAGCAGCGGGACGAUGCAGACGGUUGGCAUAAGUAACAACACCUCGGUUCAGGUUCAGGUACAGCAGCAGCAUCAAAUCAUCUCGAUCGGCCAGCAAGCCGCGGGACAAAUGGCACUCCCACCGAACAGCAGCACCACCGGAUGCAGUAGCACCACAAACAGCAGUCCAGCCGGCGGCUCCCAGGCGGAAGACAUAAAGUUAAUUCUGAAGAAGCUGACCAACAUCGAGGAGCUGUUGAAGGUGGUGGCUGAGCAAAGCUUAAGCCGACUGACGACUGUCAAGCAGGAGGGUGUUAUUGGCGUUCAACAGGCUGCAAUUGGUGGUCCCAGUGCGGGGCAGGCGAGCAAUGUUGAACCGAGCGCGGCUCAGUCACAAUCGCAACCACCACCGUUGGUGGAAAUAGAGUCAUGCUUCAAGUUCCCCCUUCGUUCGCUCAAGGAGCUGAUCGAGCUGAACAAAAGCAUCUGCGGAGAUGAGACGCUGUACAACAAGCUAUUCGAGCAUCUAACCAAAAUAAGACUGGACUGUGACCAAAAUGUUGUCAUGAACGCACUAACCUCGAUCGUGAGCGACGAGGUGCUGGAUUCCGUGACCUGGGACAGUGGCAAAAAGUUCAAGCUUUCUUCGGUCGUGCUAUUCAGCGAUUCGCUGUACGUCGCUUGGUUUAAGGACAAAAUGAAGUACGACGAGUAUGUGACCGAAAUGAAGGAUGCCAUUGAACGAUCGCACAAGCGUCACGCAAAGGUUAAAACGAAAAAAAACCAACAAAAUCAGGCGCAAGCAGGACUGCCACAGGCGGUCAUCCAACAGCAGACAACCACGGUAACGCACUCGCCGCUCGGUACAAACAACAACGCUGGGUCAAUCUGCACCGACUUUGUUAAGAUGGAAUCUCUCGACUAAUGACUUGAAUGCUGUUAGCAUAUGUUUCAUCCCCGCCGCCCACCUUUGUUAUAUACAUGUGCGCAGCAUCCGCUUCCUUGGACAACAUAAUUGUUCAUUGCGAACUCUGGGUUUGCGCUGAGUUUCGUUCACGCGGCAAACGCAGUGUUUUUACUGGUCCGCAAUUACUGAUAAUUACGAGCCGAUCCCGGUAUACGCCGUCACUCUGGCAAUUCAUUCUCUCUUUUUUUUUUGCUCCAAUACUUCAUUUUAUUAUUCGUUUGAAUUAAAUCAAUUCCUCAUAGUUAUUCUUCUCCUUCUUCAAGCCUUACUCGAAAAUAGACGAGUGCAUGUUAGAAAAUCGUCCAGAUAGGGCGGCUUUUUAUUUUUAAACUAAAGCGAGUUAGUCAGUAAGUGUUCUGUUUCACUUUUAAUUUUGUGUUAGAUGCUCUAUGGCGGUGUUUUUGGACAAAAUGGAGCUUAACGUAUGAUAGAUUGUGAGGGAAUCAGAUUGACAAAAUUUUCCUUUGAUGUUUUUAAAGUUUUCGUAAGAUGUAAGAUGAAUUGUAAGAACCGGAGAGAGAAAAACAACGCAACGAUAGAAAAGAAUAUGAAGGGCCAUGAGGAUGGAACGUGAAGCCGGUUAAGCUUCGAAAUUUAGUACAGCACAGUGUGAUGAUGUAAAACGAACGUACUGGAGAAACAAACCACAAUUUAAAGUAAAACGCA